AUGACGAAUGGAGUUUCUACAAUUAUUAUCACCUUGAAGUUAGCUGCAUCCCAACAUAUGGCGACUCCACAACCAGGUUGGCAUAAGAGAAAUAAUCGCCGAAAAAAGAGAUGUACCAGCACUCCUUUGUUUAAUAACUAUGUUCCCUCUCCAAGAGAACAGAUGAAUUGGAGGAAAGUUUCUACCCCCUCACAGGUAGAAGUUCCAGCUAAUGCCGUGGAUGGUGACAAUUUUUCCGAGAUGGUGUCAACGGUGGCAAGGACUAAGGUCUUUGUAGAUCAGACAAAGACAACGGAGGGACCUAUGGCCAAAACAGGUGGGGAUGAACCUCAUGGCAAUUUUAUGGAAAUUGAAUCACAAGUAGCUCCUCCUUCCUCCUCCACCUCGUCAAUAGGCUUAAAAGGAAAACCAAAAAAGCUAUGGCGCCAUUUUUCCUGUAAGCAGCGGAGUAGCAAUUCUGGUACUUACAAGAGUUCAGCCUCGACUGGUGGAAAGAAACGAGAUUUGACUCUUUCGGAGGUAGCAACAAGCUUUAGGAAACGAGGAAUGAUCAUCAAGGAAAACAAUUCACAGCUAACUCUUCAGGUAAUGAAUUCUGUGUCUAAUUUGAAUGAGUGUAGUAAUGACUUUGUCAUAAAAUCUGUGCAAACAAUUGAUACUAUGGCUGUGAAUGAGCACAUAUAUGAUCCUAGGAAGAUAGGUACCACACCUGAAAUGCUGAAGAGAUUUGCAAUGGUUGAGCCAAAUCAACCGCCUUUGUUGAUAUGA